GAUCGGCACCAAGGUACAUACACAACCCAAGUGACAAGUGUGCGUCUUGCUUGGCUUGGGUGUCGUAUGACUGUAGAUGAAUCCGAUAGAUCCUUAGUACUGUUUAAAUGAAAAAGUUGAUAGCUUCAGUGUCAUUUGCCUUUUUAAUUUUUAUAUUCCAUAAAUUAUUCUAUGAGGACGAACAAUAUACCUUCGAAAAGAGCCACAUACUCAAAGAAGCCCAAACACAUACAGAGGAUGAUGCUGACCAUAAAUUUCAGUUGCCAUUAAAAGUAGCGGGAUUGAUACUGGCUCGUGGCGGUAGCAAGGGUAUACCGAAGAAGAACUUGGCAAGAGUUGGUAACCUGACGUUACUUGGGAGAUCACUGAAAUCCAUAAACGAAUUUGGGCGUUUCGACUCGGUGUGGGUUUCAACCGAUGAUAAAGAAAUAGCAGAAGAGGCCGAGAGAUGGGGAGCCCAAGUGCAUUGGCGGUCAUCUGAAAGUGCAACAGAUACAGCUUCGUCAAUGAUCGGUGUUGAAGACUUCCUCGCUCACCAUGGAGAUGUUGAUGUAAUAGCACUGGUCCAGUGUACGUCUCCUUUUCUGAGCCCAUUGUUUUUAAUGCAAGCUCAUGUAAUGGUGUUGAAUGAUAAACACGAUACUGUGUUUGCUGCCACAAGGAGCCAUCAUCUGCGUUGGCAGCAAGACAUUGGUAAGUUUUGCUUUGAAUAUUUCAGAAAAGCACACACAUGUUCCUUUUUAAUUAUGGAGUUAUUAGUGUUUUCUUGAAAGAUUGCGUAUGUAAUUAGUUUUCCCAAGACAUGUAUUCUAUUAAAAAAAGUCAGAGUAGA